CUUCCCUCCGCCUUUCCGCUUGGGAACUUGGUCCCAGCACCGUCGUCGUUCUUUGGUUCCUUAUUUUCAUUUGUUCGAAAUUCUCUUUCGUUCUCUCUUUCGUUCUUUUCACACCCCUUCUCCCAGCCAGCAGCCGCUCUCUACAGCCACGAUGGAAGGAAAGCGCCCAACAUCAACGUCGAUUUUCUCUUCCGUCUUCCUUUACUCUACCAGCCUAUUUUCGAUCAUCAGCAUCCCUAUCUUUGUACUAUCGAUCUUCAACUUUGGUCUCAUUAGUAGGUGGUACAAUGGCGCCAUCGCCGGCGCGAGCUUCGUGUUCGGCCUUGCUUUGCUCUACCUCAGGCGACGCGAACGCGUCCGGGCUACACCCACUAUGGUCACAAUGACGCUUCCAGUGCAUUCACCAAAGCCUAUGGACGACGCAGAGUCGGUUAUCAAGGCUGGAUCGGACGAAGCAGCUCAGCCCGGCGAACCAUCACCUAUUCCUACCAUCUCCACUCCAUCGACAACAGAGGCGGCCAAAGCAGCAGCAGAAGCGGACCCUAUAUUCCCCAUCAUCCACACCAUGCUCGUCCUCAUCCCCCUCAUCGUCCUCACCCUCGGCUACCUCGUCGCCUUCGCCAUCAUGACCGACAUCACCAUCCGAGGCGGGCAAAAGAGCACCCUCCCAGCCGAACGCGAUCCCAAGAUGACGUAUCCUUGGAAUAUCAAAGUUCAAAUUGCGCAGACGGCGUGUAUUGGUGUGCAGAUGGUUGUUGUGGGUAUUUCGGCUGUUGCUUCGUAUGUUGGGAGGGCGAGAAUUGCGAGAGAGUCGGAUGAGAGGAGGGAGGAGGCUGAGUGUGGGUUUGAGCCGUCGCAGUAAAGCGGCAUAAAACAAGAUAGGAAGAAAGUUGUUUGGAUACCCGCUGUAGGUGGUGGUUCCGUUCAAGUCAUUGGUGGAGACGCAUUCAGGCAGCUUUGGAAGUGCCAAGGAUUAUGUUUCCCGCUGGUCGGGAAUUAGUAACUUAACUAUGCAAAGGCCUGGGGCCUUUUCUAACCUUAUUGUGCUGGCGCUAUGUUGUAUCUCUUCCAAUUCAAAGUUCAAUUGUGGGGGCCCACUU